AUGAAAACCUAUCGACUUUAUCUCUAUUAUAGUAUAUUACCACUUCUAAUACUAUGCAGUUCGGUGGCGCUUGCAAAGCAAGAAGAGUCCCCAUUCUUUGAAGGGUCCUCAUCAAAAAAGUCGCGCCUCUCUGCACAAGAUAAAAGUAAUGAUACGUGCCCGCCAUGCUUCAAUUGUAUGCUACCUAUUUUUGAAUGCAAACAAUUUUCUCAAUGCAAUUCGUAUACUGGCAGAUGUGAGUGUAUAGAGGGAUUUGCAGGCGAUGAUUGUUCCUUGCCCCUUUGCGGCGGUCUAUCACCAGAUGAAAGUGGUAAUAAGGACCGUCCCAUAAGAACACCAAACGAAACCUGUUAUUGUGAUGAUGGAUGGGGUGGAAUCAAUUGUGACGUUUGUCAGGAAGAUGCCGUUUGUGAUGCGUUCAUGCCCGAUUCUAGUAUUAAGGGGACGUGCUAUAAAAAUGGUAUGAUUAUGAAUAAAGUUUUUUCAGGUUGCAAUGUGACUAAUGAAAAGAUCUUACAAAUUUUAGGUGGCAAAAUACCACAAAUUACAUUUGCUUGUGAUAAACCUAAUCAAGAAUGUAAUUUUCAGUUUUGGAUAGAUCAAUUAGAAAGUUUUUACUGUGGGUUGAGCGAUUGUGCUUUUGAGUACGAUUUGGGCCAGAAUACCUCGCAUUAUAAGUGUAACGACGUUCAAUGCAAGUGUGUUCCCGACACGAUGUUGUGUGGUGCUAAAGGGUCUAUCGAUAUCUCAGAUUUCUUGACAGAGACCAUAAAAGGGCCAGGAGAUUUCAGUUGUGAUUUGGAUACAAGGCAAUGUAAGUUCAGUGAGCCUUCUAUGAAUGAUUUGAUCUUGACUAUUUUCGGUGACCCCUAUAUCACUUUAAAAUGUGAAUCCGGUGAAUGUCUUCAUUAUAGCGAGAUUCCAGGUUAUAAAUCUCCUUCAAAAGAUCCAGCAGUGACAUGGCAAGGAAAGCUAGUCUUGGCAUUGACUGCUGUGAUGGUUCUAGCACUUUUUACGUUUGCUACGUUUUACAUUUCUAAAUCUCCAUUGUUUAGGAACGGACCGGGAUCCUCGAAGUCCCCGAUUCAUUUGCCAGAUGAAGAUACGGUGAACAAUUUUUUGCAAAAUGAAGAUGAUACGCUAGCGACGUUAAGUUUCGAAAAUGUCACGUAUAGUGUUCCUUCGAUAAAUUCUGAUGGUGUUGAAGAAACUGUAUUGAAUGAAAUCAGUGGUGUCGUGAAACCUGGCCAAAUACUGGCUAUUAUGGGUGGGUCUGGUGCAGGUAAAACAACAUUACUAGACAUUUUAGCAAUGAAAAGGAAAACAGGACAUGUUUCUGGUAGUAUCAAAGUUAACGGCGUCAGCAUGGACCGUAAAGCCUUCUCGAAGAUAACCGGAUUUGUCGACCAAGAUGACUUUUUAUUGCCCACCUUGACUGUUUUUGAAACCGUCUUGAAUAGCGCAUUGUUAAGAUUGCCAAAAAUACUGUCUUUUGAAGCCAAAAAAGCACGUGUUUAUAAAGUCUUGGAAGAACUGAGAAUUUUUGAUAUUAAAGAUCGUAUUAUUGGUAAUGAAUUUGAUCGUGGUAUCAGUGGAGGUGAAAAACGUCGAGUUUCUAUUGCAUGUGAAUUGGUGACAUCCCCAUUGGUUUUAUUUUUAGAUGAACCCACGUCUGGUUUGGAUGCUAGUAACGCUAAUAAUGUUAUUGAAUGCUUAGUGAGGCUAUCCAGUGAUUAUAACAGAACUUUGGUGUUAUCUAUUCAUCAACCAAGAUCGAAUAUAUUCUAUUUAUUUGAUAAAUUGGUUCUAUUGAGUAAAGGUGAGAUGGUGUAUUCUGGAAAUGCCAAGAAAGUUUCAGAAUUCUUGAGAAAUGAGGGAUAUACUUGCCCUGAUAAUUAUAAUAUUGCGGAUUAUUUAAUUGAUAUUACUUUUGAAGCCGGUCCUCAGGGAAAAAGGAGGAGAAUCGGAAACAUUUCUGAUUUGGAAUCUGGUAUGGCUGCCAAUAACGUUGAUAAUAUCAUACACCAGACAACAUUUACUAACAGUGAUGGCACCACACAAAGAGAAUGGGCCCAUCUUGCAGCUCAUAGAGACGAGAUAAGAUCAUUGCUCAGAGAUGAUGAAGAUGGAGAAGGAACGGAUGGAGGACGGGGUACUACUGAGAUUGACUUGAAUACCAAAAUAUUACACGAUAAAUAUAAAAAUAGUGUAUAUUUUGCGGAGCUUUCACAAGAGAUCGAGGAAGUUUUAAGCGAAGGUGACGAAAACAACAACGUUUUGAAUGCAGAUCUGCCUACAGGUCAAGAAUCUGCCGGCUUUCUGCAACAAUUAUCGAUAUUGAAUUCAAGGAGUUUCAAAAAUAUGUACAGGAACCCAAAAUUACUCCUGGGCAAUUACUUACUAACGAUCCUAUUGAGUUUAUUCUUGGGGACUCUAUAUUACAACGUUUCAAACGAUAUCAGCGGGUUUCAGAACAGAAUGGGAUUGUUUUUCUUCAUAUUGACGUACUUUGGUUUUGUUACAUUUACAGGCCUCAGUUCAUUUGCCCUGGAACGGAUCAUUUUUAUUAAAGAAAGAUCCAAUAACUACUAUUCGCCGUUUGCAUACUAUAUCAGUAAGAUUAUGAGCGAAGUGGUUCCGCUACGUGUGGUUCCACCUGUACUAUUAACGUUAAUUGUUUACCCAAUGACUGGUCUGAACAUGAAAGACGACGCCUUUUUUAAAUGUAUUGGAAUUCUCAUAUUGUUUAAUCUCGGAAUAUCUUUGGAAAUCCUUACUAUCGGAAUAAUUUUCGAAGACCUGAAUAACUCCAUCAUACUAAGUGUGUUGGUGCUUUUGGGCUCCCUACUAUUCAGCGGAUUGUUUAUCAAUACUAAGAAUAUUACAAACCUGGCCUUCAAGUACCUGAAGAACUUAUCUGUUUUUUACUAUGCUUACGAAUCUCUAUUGAUCAACGAAGUGAAAACAUUAAUGUUAAAGGAAAGGAAGUACGGUUUAAAUAUCGAAGUACCCGGCGCUACCAUUUUAAGCACAUUUGGAUUUGUUGUGCAAAAUCUUGUUUUUGACAUCAAGAUUUUGGCUCUGUUUAAUGUGGCGUUUUUAAUAAUGGGGUAUUUAGCCCUCAAGUGGAUAGUUGUGGAACAAAAGUAG